UCUUGGCGGCAGAGGCUCAGCCCGGAGCUUCGGCGGUGGUCCCUGAAGUCAUAGAACCACUCCCAGUUGCCAGAACACAGAGGCGCAGCUCUUCUUUCCAACAGUGACACCUGCCGCGGUGGCUGAUGCAGCAGCUCAAGACGCAAGCAGCAGCGGCGGAGGAUUUCAACGGCAGAGAGAGGCAAUUUCCUCCACUCUCAUCCAUAGUCAACCACGAUGGAGGUGGAAGCUGGCAGUGGCGGCGGUGGUUCCGACGAAGGCGACUCUUCUUUGUUCGUGCUUCCAGUGGCGGCAGGAAGGAUGGAUUCGGAGGCAGAGACCUAACAAAGCUGGUGGCGACGGGUUCCAACGACGACGGCGAACUCAGUUUCGAUGGCGGCAGCUCCCUCGCGAGCUCCCACUCUCCCUCCUCGCGUUCACCCACUUCUCGCUCUUCCAUUGUCGGGGAUGACAGCAGCCACGGGCGGCGAGGCCCACUAACCGCGACGCAUCUCCCACUCCUCUGUGUCACUCACCUCGCCGGCGUCGCACCGUCCCUCUUCUCCGAUUCCCCUUCCCCGGUUCCCUCUGAUUCCUCAACUUCUCUCUCUGUUCUAUCGCAUGAAUGCCGCUGAUUUUGGAAGAGGCAAUAGGAUUAGGGUUUCGGCGGCUGAGGGAUAGGGCAUUAGGGUUU